AUGUCCUUGCGGCUGCUCAAGAAGCAAGUCGAGGGCAGUUCAGGCCCAGCGCCAAGUUCUGCCACAUCUGGCUGGGGCGCAAGGCGGCCAGCCAACUGGAAGGCGCCGACUGGUGGAGGUGGCGGCGUCUACCAGGGCAAAGGCAAAGGCAAAGGAAGAGGUAGGGGAACCGGAGCUUUCCUCGAAAGCGUUGGGGAGGCGCCUGCCGAAGAUGUUGAUGAUGAUUGGGCUGCUCCUAAUGCCGAGGAUUGGGGUGAGGCGCCUACGGCCUUGCCCACCGACGAGGAGGCUUUGGGGCCUCCACCGGGUCUGGAAGCGGUGCUACAAAAUGCACACCUCCAGCAUCACCUGCAGGCUGCUCAGGACUGGUGCAAGACAGAAGGUCAUAGUACACUAGACGAAGUCCUUGACUUCUUCGAUGACUUUGCAGAAGCGCUGGGGCUGAAAAUUUUGGAGAAGAGGCGCCUCUUGGCAAAGCUCCAAGCUGCACAGGCUGAACCAAUGGCCGCCCCGCCGCCAGCCAAGGAGGUUGUGGGCUUGGAAGAGUUGCUGGAAAAGGCCGCGCUGCAGCGGUGUCAGACAGCAGCCAGUGCCUGGUGUGCAAAGAUGAAGGUGCAACGAUUGUCAGAGGUGGCCGCCCAGCAAGAUGCAUUCUUGGCAGAUCUUCAACUGAAGCCAAUCGAGGAGAAGCGGCUACGGAAGUUGCUGCAGGAACACCUCCAGACACCUGCUGCCACAGCCGCGGUCGCCGCGGCUGCUCCUGCUGCAGUGUCUUUUCAGCCAAAGAUCGAGGAGCUGCUUCGAGAGGUGAAGUUGCCGCACGCCGAAGCCACCAUCGCAUGGUGUCAGCAGCAGAGCAUUGGAAGCUUCGCCGAGCUUGCGAGUCGCCUUGAGGAGUUCUCUAUCCAUUUGGGCUUAAAGCCUCUCGAGGUGAAACGCCUGAGGAAGGCUCUCGAAGCAGUGCCGGAAGCGCCAGCGCCUGCGGAAGCCGCUCCCACCACGAAGGCGACGAAGGCUGAGCUAGAAGCGGAGACCUCCGAGGACGUGAAGAAAUUGCGAGCUGAGCUGGCAGCGCUGCAAGAGCGGCUUUCAACAGAGCUGGAGGCUUCCAAGUCUGAGGCUUCAAGUUGGCAAGCUCGCCUCUUGGAACUCCAGAGUCAAGAAGAGGUUUCCCAAAGAGAAGAGGCAACAAAGCUCAAAACAUCGCAGGAGGAGAUGGCAAUCAUGGAGGCGCAGGUCGAGACGCUGCAAAAGAAUCUUGAGGAGGCCAAGACCGAGCAGGCGCAAGCCAAAGAAAGUGGCGAGCAAGUGCGGACAGAGGUUGAGGAGGCCAAGAGAAAGGAAACCCAUCUGCUUGCAGAGGUCGAGCGAUUCCAAGCUGAAGUGGCUGAAAGAGUGGAGGCCAUGGCAAACAUGCAGGAGCAGUACAGCUCUGAGCUCAAGGAAGCAGUGGAAGCCUGUGACAAAGAACAAUCCCAAGCUCAAACCCUCACAGACGAGAUUGCAGAAGUGCGCGGACUUCAUGGAGAGGAGACUGAGAGGUUGAGGCAACUCCAUAUGGAAGAGAUGAAAGAAAAGGAAUCGAGCUUCGCCAAGGCCUCGGCGGAUGCUUCUGGGUUGGCUGCGGAGAUGGAGGCCUUGCGGUCUCAGCAUGCGGCCGCCGUGGAGCGUGGCGAUGGCUUGGAAGCAAAAAUGAAGGAUCUGGAAGUGGAGCAUCUCCAAAGAAUUGAACAUCAUGACAAGCUCACAGAAGAGGUGUCUCAGAAAGCCGCCGUGCGUGAAGCUGAGCUUCGCACACAAGUGGCGCAGUCUGAAGAGGAAGCUGCCAUGGUGUCUCGUGACCUGGAACAGUUGAAGGUGCAACUGGAAGGCGAGCUAUCAGAAGCGAAAGAAGAAUCCGAUCAAAAGAGGAACAAGGUAGAGUCACUAAGCGAAGAGAUGCAGCAGCUGGCUUCCAAACAUUUAGAGGCGUUGGAGGAGAUGCGUCGUGCCCACAGUGAGGAGGUCCUGAGGAAGGAGGCCGACUUCGCCAAGGCCUCGGCCGAUGCUUCUGGGUUGGCUGCGGAGAUGGAGGAACAUGUGGCCGGAUUGACCACAGAACUAGAGCGAAUCCGCUCAGAGUUUUCUGCAGAGCAAGAAGUCAGAGAGUCAGAUGCAAAGGAGGCAGCGUCAAGAGCAGAGGAAUUGAAUGAAACGAUCCAGAAGCUUCAAGAUGCUGUUGCUGCAGAGGCCAGUGCCCGUGAAAUGCAGGAGGAGAAUGCCACAGCCAGAGCGGCUGAAUUUCAAAAGCAGAUCCAGACACUCGAAGAUGAACAUGCAACUGCAGUGAAAGAGGCGGAAGCAACAGAAGCUAAAGCCCAGGAGAAUCUUUCGGAGACCAGUUCCCAGCUCGAAAAAGCAAGAGCAGAGCUUUCUGCAGAACAAGAAGCGAGAGAAUCAGAUGUGAAGCAGGCAGAGUCAAGAGCAGAAGAACUGAAUGCAACGAUCCAGAAGUUGCAGGAUGCAGUGGCUGCUGAAACUACAGCACAUGAGGCCAAAGAAGAGGAUGCGAACGCAAAGGCAGCUGAGCUCCAGACUCAAAUCGAGAAGCUCCAAGAUGAGCGUGCGAUAGCAGUCAAAGAGGGAGAAGAAGCAGGUGCCAAAGCCCAAGCGGACUUUGCAGAUCUAACCUCUCAGCUCGAGAAAGCUCGUUCUGAGUUUGCUGCAGAGCAAGCAGUCAGAGAGUCAGAUGCAAAGGAGGCAGCGUCAAGGGCAGAGGAAUUGAAUGAAACAAUACGGAAGCUUCAAGAUGCUGUUGCUGCAGAGGCCAGUGCCCGUGAAAUGCAGGAGGAGAAUGCCACAGCCAGAGCGGCUGAUCUUCGAAAGCAGAUCCAGACACUCGAAGAUGAACAUGCAACUGCAGUGAAAGAGGCGGAAGCAACAGAAGCUAAAGCCCACGAAGCUCUUUCGGAGACCAGUUCCCAGCUCGAAAAAGCAAGAGCAGAGCUGUCUGCGUCACAAGAAGCGAGAGAAUCAGAUGUGAAGCAGGCAGAGUCAAGAGCAGAAGAACUGAAUGAAACGAUCCAGAAGUUGCAGGAUGCAGUGGCUGCUGAAACUGCAGCACAUGAGGCCAAAGAAGAGGAUGCGAAAGUAAAGGCAGCUGAGCUCCAGACUCAAAUCGAGAAGCUCCAAGAUGAGCGUGCGAUAGCAGUCAAAGAGGGAGAAGAAGCAGGUGCCAAAGCCCAAGCGGACUUUGCAGAUCUAACCUCUCAGCUCGAGAAAGCUCGUUCUGAGUUUGCUGCAGAGCAAGAAGUCAGAGAGUCAGAUGCAAAGGAGGCAGCGUCAAGAGCAGAGGAAUUGAAUGAAACGAUCCAGAAGCUUCAAGAUGCUGUUGCUGCAGAGGCCAGUGCCCGUGAAAUGCAGGAGGAGAAUGCGACUGCCAGAGCAGCUGAAUUUCAAAAGCAGAUCCAGACACUCGAAGAUGAACAUGCAACUGCAGUGAAAGAGGCGGAAGCAACAGAAGCUAAAGCCCAGGAGAAUCUUUCGGAGACCAGUUCCCAGCUCGAAAAAGCAAGAGCAGAGCUUUCUGCAGAACAAGAAGCGAGAGAAUCAGAUGUGAAGCAGGCAGAGUCAAGAGCAGAAGAACUGAAUGAAACGAUCCAGAAGUUGCAGGAUGCAGUGGCUGCUGAAACUACAGCACAUGAGGCCAAAGAAGAGGAUGCGAAAGCAAAGGCAGCUGAGCUCCAGACUCAAAUCGAGAAGCUCCAAGAUGAGCGUGCGAUAGCAGUCAAAGAGGGAGAAGAAGCAGGUGCCAAAGCCCAAGCGGACUUUGCAGAUCUAACCUCUCAGCUCGAGAAAGCUCGUUCUGAGUUUGCUGCAGAGCAACAAGUCAGAGAGUCAGAUGCAAAGGAAGCAGCGUCAAGGGCAGAGGAAUUGAAUGCAACGAUCCGGAAGCUUCAAGACUCACUCGAAACAGAGACAAGUGCGCUGCAAGUCUUGGAAAAGGAUAUGGACCAGCAAACACGCGAACUGACCCAGAAGGUGGCCAGUUGGCAGUCUGAACACACCGAGGCAGUGGAGAAAGCUGAGAGCAUGGCAGCAGUUGCAGCGCAAGAAAAAGCAGAGCUUCAGCAGUCAGUGGAGCAGUGGCGCUCCGAACAUGAGGAGGAAGUUUGCUUGAAACAAGCGAAGUCCAAGGAUGCUGAAUCUUUGUCAGAGCAGGUGGAGCAGCUGCGACGGGCCAAGGAGGACGAAGCACAAAGUGCAGAGUCCAGGAUGCACGAUAUCCGCCAGAGAAUGGAGGAGCUGCAGCGACAGCAUGCUGAAACUCUUGAGGAUCAACGGAAAGAAUCUGAGCAGGCUCUCCAGAUACUUACUGCAGAGCAGGAGGAGGAGCUACAAGCAGAAAAGCAGAGUCUUCAACGGCAGGUGGAACUCACCCGUCACUUUGAAGCUGAGAAGGUGCAGCUUUGCAAAGACCUUAAGGAGACUCAGGAAUCGUGGCGCAGAGAAGAAUCUCAAGUCGAGGUACUGGGAGAAAAGAUCCAACGGAUGAGCUCGCAGCACACUGAGGAGAUGGAUAGGAUCAAGCAGACAUAUUCCAAGGAGGUGGAACGCAUGGAAGCUGAUUUUGCUAAAGCUUCCGAAAAUGCGUCAGGCCUUGCGGCUGAUAUGGUUCGUGUUCGAUCAGAGCAUGCUGAAGCAGUAGAACGUGGUGACAGGCUGGAGGCAAAAGCAAUGGAAGACGCGCAGACGAUGCUGGCGCAACUUGAGAGAGCAAGGUCGGAGUAUUCAGCAGAGCGUCAGGGGAGGGAGUCCGACGCAAAUCAGGCGUCAACAAGAGAAGAAGAACUGAAAGAAGCAAUCCAGAAACUCGAAGAUGCACUUGCCACGGAGGCGAGAAGCAAGGAAGCGCAAGACAAGGUGGCCGUGGCAAGAUCUGCUCAGCUCCAAACUCAAAUCGAAAAGCUUGAAGAUGAACAUGCAGCAGAAGUGAGAAAGAGUCAAGAAGCAGAUGCCAAAGCCCAGGGGGAUAUUGCAGAGCUAACCUCUCAGCUCGAGAAAGCUCGUUCUGAGUUUGCUGCAGAGCAAGAAGUGAGAGAGUCAGAUGCAAAGGAAGCAGCGUCAAGAGCAGAGGAAUUGAAUGCAACGAUCCGGAAGCUUCAAGACUCACUGGAAACAGAGACAAGUGCGCGGCAAGUUUUGGAAAAGGAUGUGGACCAGCAAACACUCGAACUGACAAAGAAGGUAGCAAAUUGGCAGUCUGAACACACCGAGGCAGUGGAGAAAGCUGAGAGCAUGGCAGCAGUUGCAGCGCAAGAAAAAGCAGGGCUUCAGCAGUCAGUGGAGAAGUGGCGCUCCGAACAUGAGGAGGAAGCACUUUUGCGACAAACGGCUGCGAGCAAUGCAGAACGUCUUGCCACUGAGGUGCAGGAUCUACACGCGAUAAAGGAAAGGGAGCAGCAAGAAGCCAACGGCCGCAUCGCCGAACUCCUUCAAGAUUUGAAGGAUCUCCAAGGUAACUACAGUGAUGCAACUGAAGCGCAACAAAAGGCGGCGGAAGAGGCCCAGCGUGAUGCGCAGAACUUCUCGGAGAGGAUCGCAGCAUUGGAGUCGGAGCUUGACAGAGAGCUUGGCAAAGGUGUGGCAUUGGAAAGCUCCUUGGAGGCUCAUGCGAAGGAGAUGGAUGCCUUGCGCGCCUCCCUUUCGGCUGGUGAAGAGAAAGCAAGCAAGGAUGAAGAGUUGGCGAGUGCGGCACUAGCUGAGCUGCAAGGACAGCUUCAAGGCACUGAGACCGCGAAGGACGAGGCGGCGGCCGCGGCGGCCAAGCUCCAGGAGGCUUUGGACAGUGCCAAAGAGUGCGAAGCAGAGCUCCUGGGACAUUUCCAGGAGGAGAAGACAGCAAAGGAGCGGCUGGACCUGGAGAAGGCGCAGCUUAGCUCGGAGCUCUUGGAAGCCACGCACGAGCAAAGCGCGCAGAGGUCGCGCUUGCAAGCAUUGAAUCAAGAAUUGACUGAUCUGACUAUGCAGCAUGCAUCGGACUUGAAGGAGCUGAAGGAGGAGCACGAUGCUGCUUUGGAGCGGAAGGAGGCCGACUUCGCCAAGGCCUCGGCGGAUGCUUCUGGGUUGGCUGCGGAGAUGGAGGCCUUGCGGUCUCAGCAUGCGGCCGCCGUGGAGCGUGGCGAUGGCUUGGAAGCCAAGAUGAAGGAAGAUGUUGCUGGGCUAGCUUCCGAGCUUGGCCAAGUUCGCGCGGAGCUCUCCUCCGAGCGGGAGGAAAGGCAUUCUGCUGCAGCAGACGCAGCUGCUGCAGCCUCCGCGGCGGAGCAUCUCAAUGCGACGAUUCAGCAGCUGAAAGAUGCGAUGGCUGUGGAGACAGAUGCCCGCCAGGCAGAAGAAAAGGAUGCCAGCGCAAGAUCUGCCGAGCUUCAGGAAGAGAUUAUCUCCUGGAAACAGGAGCAUUCAGAAGCGGUAAAGAAGGCAGCAAGUCAGGCAGACCAGGCAUCACUUGAGAAGACAGAGCUCCUAGAAGAGGUUCAGGGGGAGCGCCUGCAGCAAGCCAAAAUGAAAAGCGAGUUGGAUGAGAAGGAUGCCAACUUGGAGGAAAUUCGUCAGCAACAAGCCAGCCUUGAAGCGGAGAGGCAGAAGGCCGAAAGGGUUGUCGAGGGCCUGAAGAAGGAGCUGGAAGAGAUGAAGUCUGAAAUGGCUCAGGCAAACGAGAAGCAGAAGGCUUCAGCCUUGGACGAAAAAAAUGCCAAGGCAGCCCUCUCUGCAGAGCUUGAGCAACAAUCCCAGAAGUUAACUGAAGCAAACGAAGAGCUGGCCCAGGAGCAGAGCAAAGUGCAGGAGUCCCAGCGAGAGGCGGCUAGCUUGAAAGGGGAGUUGGAAAAGCUCCAAAGCUUGCAGAAAGAGCAGGAGGAGCAGAGCAAGAAGGAAAAGGAGCAGAGUGAGGCCGCAAAUUCGGAGAUUGUUGCCGAAGCGAAUUCUUUGAAGUCCGAGUUGGAGGAGCUGAGAGCAAUGACAGCCAAGCAGAUGGAAGUGAUGAAGGCAGAGCUGUUGGAAGCCCAGGCUGCUCCACCAACGUCACAAGCUCCAGCGGCUCCAGCCGCUCCACCAGCUCCAGCCGCUCCGCCUCUGACAGCCGCUGCUCCAGUGGCCGAGGCCCCAACGUCAGAGGCUGAAGAAAAGGUCGGAGCUCCGGAGGCAGAUGAAGCUGGCGAAGGAGUGGCUGACUUGCUCUCGGCUAUGAAGGAAGCAGGCCUAGGAGAGCAUGCUGAGAUCGCAGAGGAGUGGUGCAGAGAACAGGGUGCCGAGCUGCUCUCCGAGGUGAUUGAGUUCUUUGACGACUUUGUGGCAGGCGUAGGCCUCUCGACCGAGGAGCGCGAUCGGCUGUCGAACCGCUUGGGUGUAGAGGAUGAAGAUCUCAAGGAGGCCAAACGCAUCGUGGCAGAGGUGGAGGCAGAGAUUGCAAAGCUCAACACGGAAUCGAAGAAGACUUCGAAGAAGCAAAAGGGACCUUUGCUGGCAAGAAUAAAGGAAUUGGAGAAUGAGCCCAACUACCUGGCGGCCCAGCGCUUCGUGGCCGACCCAGCAGCUGAGCGCGAGCGGAAGCGCCAGGAGCUGCUGCGACGGCUCGAGGCCAAGGCGCGGGAAGCGGUGGCCGACCGCGACCUGCCCAAGGCCACGGCCGCGCUGGCGGAGUUCCGGGCUGCCGGCGGCAUCAGCGGCAACGAGGCCGGCUCGCUGGCCGCGGAGCUGGCAGCGCUGCGCUCCGAGCUUGCGGCCGAGAAGCGGGACCCCGAGGAGCAGCGGAGGCGCAUGGAACAGAGGAAAGCUGCGAAGAAACGAGGCUUUCAGUUCGACCCGCCGGAGGGUGCCGAGGCGGAGCCGCCUCGCCUCGUGCGGCUGAAAGUGGAUCCGGAGCUCGGUGCAGGCUUCGACGCGCAUGCUACGUGGUACGGCAUGGUGAUCGAAGAAAUCGAUGAUGAGUCGGGUCAAGAUGGUUUGGGGCCUGGAGAUUGCAUCUCUACAAUUGGUGGCAAGUCUUUGCAGGAGAUGGAGGACUGUGAGCCGGUGUUUAUCGACUGCUUAGAGGAUGGGGUGGAGGUUGAGGUAGAACCGAAAUGUCAUGCCAGUGGCACAGUACCCGUUGGAGCCAAAGAUGUUGAUUGGACUGCCUUGCAAGCAGACCUUGCCAGCUUCGGACCAGAUUACCAGGUGGACUUCAAGCUCUCGCCGGACAAGAAGCAGCUCCGCAUGAGCGGCCCACGAGCCGCAGUGAUUGCAGCAAGGGAAGAUGCGACGCAGGUGCUGGCCACCUACUUCCCUGCUUGAGCUGCUUUUCCUGGCCAUGCUCCUCAAACAGAUGUUCCCCGACCACAGCUGUCCGUGUGACGCUUCUCACAGCGCGAGGGUAGAAGUUGAGUUUAAAGUUGCAUCCAAAGACCAAGAGUUUUCCGACCUUAAUGACUUGCCGUUACCUGGGCAUGUAGACGCUGGCAUUGAACAGAGC